AUGGUCAAGACACUCCCCUUUGGUAGCAUCCAGGUCCCCUCGCCGGGCUUCGGCGCCAUGGGCCUCAGCUUUGGCUUGGGUAGCAACCUGAGCCUCGAGGAAGCCGAACCCGUGCUGUUGAAGGCAAUCGAACUGGGAUGCACCUUCUGGGACACCGCCGUUGUCUAUCAAGCCGGUGUGAACGAGAAGCUACUGGGAGAGUUCAUCAGAAAGCACAACGUUCGGGAUAAGAUUUUCAUUGCCUCAAAGUGUGGCUUUGACGUCUUUGGAGACCGCUCGAUCACCAAUUCCGCCUCUCAUAUCAAGGAGUACAUCGAUGGUACUAUCGAAAGACUGGGCUUUGCUCCGGAUCUCUACUAUUUGCAUCGCAUCGAUCCCAACACGCCUCUCGAGGAAUCUAUCCCCGCACUUGAUAAAAUUCGCAAGGCCGGAAAGACCAAGUACAUUGGCCUUUCAGAAUGCUCUGCCAAGACACUGCGCAAAGCCAAUUCGAUCGCCAAGAUCGAUGCCGUCCAGGCCGAGUACUCCGCCUUCGAAACAGUACACGAGACGGACGGCCUCAUUGAAGCUUGCACGGAACUCGGAGUGGCCUAUGUCGCCUACAGCCCGCUCGGACACGGCUGGCUCGUUGACAACUUUGACUACAAGACCCCUGAUGACUUUGCACCGGACGAUUUCCGUCGAAACUCUCCCAAGUUCCAAGGCGACAACUUUUACAAGAACAAGGCAAUCGUUGAAGAGAUCAAGAAGAUCUCUUCCCGAAGAGGCUGCCCAGUUAGUCAAGUUGCUCUUGCCUGGGUUGCUGCUCAGGGGAUGAUUGCCAUUCCCGGUACCACUAAGGCGAAGCGCUUGGAAGACAACUGGGCAUCUCGAGAUAUUGAAUUGACCGAUGAGGAGAAGCAGGAAAUGAGGAGGAUUGUCGAUUCUGCCAAGCCCCACGGCAACAGAUACUCUGAAGCUCACCAGGCGAUGGUGGGACACUAA